AUGGUCGACCCGUCCCUCGUCGACGCGGCGACGGCCUUCGACGCGUCGGCCUUCCACAGCACGCUCGAGCUCGCGGCCAUCCAGGGCCGCACGUGCGUCGAGGACGCGAGCUGGUGGUGCACGGUGCAGAACGGCGUCCAGGGCGCGAUCGAGGGCCUCCACGACGGCAUCCACGACGGCCUCGGCAUCAAGCAGAACUCCUGGGGCAUCUCCAUCAUCCUCUUCACGGCGUUCCUGCGCACGGUCAUCUACCCGCUCAACUUCAUCUCCUACGAGUCGACGGAGCGCAACAAGGCGUUGAAGCCCUACAUGGACAAGAUCAAGGACCGCUACGGCGAGGACCAGCAGGCCGUGAACCUGGCGACGGCGAAGCUCUACGAGAUGACGGAGACGAACCCGCUCGCGGGCUGCCUGCCGGCCAUCGCCCAGAUCCCCGUCUUCAUCGCGCUCUACCGGUCCGUGCUGAACUUGGCGUUCGACCAGAAGAUCGGCGAGGGCUUCUUCUUCGUGCCGAACCUGGAGGGCCCGACGUACGACAACGGCCGGGGCAUCCAGUGGCUCACGGACAACUGGGUCGACGGCGUGCCGUCCCUGGGCUGGCACGACACGCUCGCCUUCCUCGCGCUGCCCGUCGCGCUCGUCAUCACGCAGUCGAUCUCCAUGCGGGUGCUGACGCCGCCGCCGGACCCGAACGACAAGAGCGCGCAGAACGCGAACCGCGUGCUCAAGUACCUGCCGCUCAUGAUCGGCUGGUUCUCGGCGAACGUGCCCUCCGGCCUCGGCCUCUACUGGAUGACGUCGAACGUCUUCUCCGUCGCGGGGUCGCUCGGCGCCAAGGCCUACCUCAAGGCCAACCCGCCGAAGCUCGACGUCGAGCUCCGCGAGCUCGGCCUCGACGACGAGUCCGCGGGCGUCAAGCUCCCCGCGACGCUCGAGGAGGCCCUCGUCGAGGCCCGCGUGAACGCGCGGCCGGACCGCACGCCGCUCCGCCGCGGCGUCCAGCCCAUCCCCGUCUUCCUCACGGUCGACGCGACGGCCGCCGUCGCCAACGCCGAGGACGAGCUCAUGAUCGCCGACGACGUCGAGAUCAUGUCCCGCUAG